UCCCGGCCAAUUCCAGGUGGGAUCAUUCCCAGGAAAGCCAAUUUAACCGCGUCCCUGCUCCGCUCCACCGCUCGGGGAAGGGGAACGGCAGAACUGCCCGCUCCCUGCGGGACUUUGCUCGGCUGCGGGAGCAGCAGCUCCCGGAUUUCCUCCCUCACAAACCCCCCGGGAUCCUGCUCCGAGCAAUUCCCAGCCCUCAACUUGUCUCCCUCAUUCCUUACGGAAUUCCUGGCCGUCCUCCUCCCUCAGAGGGCAGCCCUGAGGGAGGUGACAGCCACCGCCCGGCUCCUUUGGGAGCAGAGGGAGGAAGGACUGAAGGAAUGGCUCCAAGGUCACCUGGGCAGGUGCUCAAACACCCGGCCUGGAGCCCCUGGCAGCCCCGGGAAGGUGCCCUGGGACAGCCCCGGGAAUUCCCGAUGGACACGAGCGCACCCGGAACUUUGGGUGACAGACAUGGAAACCUGAAAAUGCUGCGUGGAACUGGGGCCUGCCAGGACCCCACGGCCCGGGAAUGGCGCGGGAAGGUCCGUCCCCACCCAACCAGUCCGGAUCCCGGAAUUCCAGGAGCCCCCGGAGCGAGGGAUGGAUGGCACCAGCAGAGCCCCCGGGACCCCUCGGAGCCCACACAGAGAGGGGAGGAGGAGGAGGAGGAAGAGGAAGGAAAAAAAGGGGAUGGGACCAGUCGGGACGGGACGGGAAGAGAACGGAUAAGACGGGAAGAGAAGGGAUAAGACGGGGAGAGGAGCCGCCGGGACACGGGCCGGUGCCACCCCCCGGGAGUCCCCGGACCCAGCUAACCCCGGGAUAACUCCUGGCCCGCUCCCGGAGCCGCCGCUGCCCGCCGGGAGCUGCGGGGAUGCCCCGUCGGCGGGCAGUGCCCACGCUGGCCUCACUGUGCCUGCAGAGCCUGGCCCAGCACAUGCAGAGCUUCUGGGCCAAGGACUACAGUGACAACUACCUGGACGAGUACGAGUUCCGCUUCCUCGUGGGCCCCUUCAACGACCUGGCCUGCGGGCUGGUGCAGGAGCUGCUGCGGCUGCUGGGGACGAGCCGGCGCCUGUCGCGCGCGGCGCUGCACCUGCUGCUGCUGCCUCACCUGCGCCAGCUCAGCCUGCGGCACUGCCCCGCCCUGGCCAACAACGCCCUGGGGCACCUCAUCGUCCUGCGCUGCCAGGGCCUGAGCUCCCUGGACCUGGGGGGCUGCGGGCGGCUCUCCCCGGCCGUGCUGGUGGACGUGGCCGAGGGGCUGCCCCGGCUGAGCCGCCUGGGGCUGGCACACACGCAGGCCAACGUGCAGGUGCUGUCGGCCGUGGGCUCCUGCUGCCGCCUCCUGCGGGAGCUCGACGUGUCCGGCUGCAGGAAGGUGACCCCGCGCGCCCUGCGGCACCUGGGCUACGACCCCGUGGCACGGACCCCCGGCUGCCCCGCGCUGCGCGUGCUGCUGGCCCGCGACCUGGAGCCCGACGGGGACGCGGUGGCCGCCGUGGCCUUCCUGCUGCUGGCCCUGCCGCACCUGGACGUGCUGGCGCACGGGGCCGUGCCGGACGCGCUGCGCCUGCUCCGCGCGGGGCAGCUGGACGGCACCGCCGACCCCGAGGGCUUCCCGGCGCUGCGGGAGCUGGCGCGGGGCCGGGGGGCGGCGCCGGGGGGGCCCCCGCUCACCCUGCCCCUGCGGCAGCUCGAGGAGCUGGAGGAGGACGCCCUGGGCACCGUCCACGCCGUGUGUCCCCGGGCCGAGGAGCUCAGCGUGUGGCUGGGGGACGGGCCCGGCCCCGCGGGGCUGCGGGAGCUGCCGGGCUGGGAGCGCCUGUCCCGGCUGACGCUGGGCUGUGCCGGGCAGCGUGGCCGGGCGCUGGCAGAGGUGCUGCCGCUGGCAGAGGCCCUGGGCGCCCGCCUGCACGCCCUGACCCUGCACGGCUUCAGCUGCCCAGACCCGCUGUCGCUGCCCGCCCUGCUCGCCAGCUGCCCCGGCCUGCAGAGCUUCAGCACCGAGCUGCACGUUCCUCUGGACCCCCACGCCCCUGCCGAGCCCCCCGCCCUGCCGCCCCGCUGGGCCACCGACCUGCUGCCCCAGGGGCUGCCCCAGCUCCAGAGCUUCUCGCUGGCCCUGGCCGGGCCCGUGCCGGCCGCCCACGUGCCGGUGCUGGGCUCCACGCUGGCCUCGGUGCUGAGCCAGGCCCCGCGGCUGCAGAGCCUGCGCCUGCUCGCCCUGCCCUUCCCGCUGGACUCGGUGCUGGAGCCGGAGCUGGGGGAGCUGCAGGAGCUCUCGCUGGCUGGGAGCCAAGUGUCCCCCCACACCGUGUGGCACCUGCUGGGCUCCGAGGGGCCCCUGCGGCGCCUGGACCUGUCCCGCUGCCCCGACAUCCACCGGCGCGACUACGACGGGUUCCUGCAGUUUGUGCGGAGGCAGCGCCUGGACCUGGACAUCACCUGGGAGUGACGGCACUGGGGGCUUUAAUAAAGGGUCACAGUCCCACCUGG